CUCACUUCUCCAUUGUUCUGACGGCCAAAGACUUCAACCCAGAGAAAUAUGCAGCCUUCACUAGGAUACUGUGUAGGUCUGUAUAAAAGCUGCUUUGAGGAGCUGCUGUGUGCAUGUUUUAGUCUUGCCAAGGCAAAAGGUUAAAUUUCAUUGCGUUGUGUUUGCAUUUGGUUUAACAAUCUGCUGAAAAUUCAGUUCUACAAACUGGAUCAGAUUAUGUAAAUCCUUGAAUUGAGCUUACUUGAGUUCACGCCAGAAGUACUGGGUGAAUGUCAGGUGCCCAGUAGGUUUUUGCUGUCCUCUCUAAAUACACCACCCCCCUACACUCACACCCACACUCAUUUUCUCUGCUAUUUUUAAGAAGUAUAAACAUUUGUGAAGAGUCACAGGUCACUGUGUAUAUGGUGGGUCGCCUGCAUCCCUCCACACCAGCUCUACUGCAGCCGUUUCCUGCAGUUCCUCUGAACUAGGCACAACACCUAGAAUAUUUUCUUCUUUUUGCUUUUCUUCUAGGAAAAAGAGGGCCCUCUGCCUCUCCAGGUCUCUGGCUCUCUUCUACCUUCUUUCAACCAGGCUGCCAUCUUCUCUUUUCAUUGUCCAAAUAGCUUUGUACCACAGCUAAUAUGGAAAACAGGUGUUUGAGGGCUUUAGCACUGCUCCUGAAGUACCUUAACCUGUAAAAUAGAUGAUGGUGUCUCUUUGUUGUUUUUAUAAACGAGUAUGAAGGACAUAGAUUUAUAUUUUUCUUUCACCAGUUAACAAAGAGUACAGAAGAUGGCUAAUGUUGCUUUGAUAGUAAAUUAAAACUAGUCAUGUGGCCUGCAUGUAAUAGCAGGAGUCACUGUUGUAGUUGCUUUUUCAUCAGGCAGUUACCCUGCCAAGAAUCCUUCAUCUGGACACCUGCUUACACCUUUGUGCUGUGAUUCUGUGGUGGUAACUGUUGGUUCUUUCGUGCAACAGGAAACUCAAAAUACAAGAAUCUACUUGAAGCAUGGAAGCCCAGUGAAAAUGAUGGAGAGUUACAUUGCAGUCCUUACAAAGGGGAUCUGCCAAAGUGAAGAAAACGGAUCUUUCCUCAGCAAAGAUUUUGAUGCUCGGAAGGCUUAUCUUGCUGGUUCCAUCAAAGAUAUAGUAUCUCAGUUUGGAAUGGAAACAGUUAUCUUAUAUACAGCACUGAUGUUAAAGAAGAGAAUUGUGGUGUACCAUCCUAGAAUAGAAGCUAUCCAGGAGUUUACCAGGACUUUGCCUGCUUUAGUGUGGCAUCGACAAGACUGGUCAAUUCUUCAUUCAUAUGUACAUCUAAAUGAGGAGGAACUGGAUGCCUUAAAAGCCUGCACAGGUUACAUUGCUGGAUUUACAGAUUCUGAAGUGAACAGCAGACCAGACCUCUACGAUGUGUAUGUGAAUUUGGCAGACAGUGAGAUCACCAUUUCCCCUGUAGUCAAAGAGGCAAUGACAAUGGGAAAACUUCACAAAGAAAUUGGACAACUAAUUGUUCAAUCUGCUGAAGAUCCAGAUAAAUCUGACAGCCAAGUCAUUAAGGAUAUUUCUCUGAAGACAAAAGAAAUCUUGGCUACUUUAGCCUCACUCACUGAAGUUUCGGAUGGCAAUGAAAAACCAACCCUUAACUCUGAGGCGCUGAAACAAAAGCGGUUUCCACCAGCUACAGAAAACUUCCUUUUUCAUUUGGCAGCUGCUGAACAAAUGCUUAAAAUCUGAUUCUUAUGCACUGCAGGGUUAUGGACCAACUCAGAAAGACUCUCUUUGCCACACAGAUAGGAAGGCCUGGUAUUUUAUAUGGAAAAAUUGAAGGUAUAAGAGUGAAUGUUGUAUUUACCCUGAUAUAAUGCAGAGUGUUGGAGCUUGGCUGGGAGCAUAUGGAGGCAUAUUUGGGAACAUUCCUGGUGUCAUUAUCUUUCCCCAACUAUAACUGUGUAUAUAUGGCUCCUCUAUUUCCUAUCACAAUGUGAGAGUAAAUACAAGGAGCAUGGGCUUGUGUGUCCAGGCUGUGCCAGACAUCAUUGCAGUGGCUGUUGGUCCUGCAGGUUCCAGAAUGCUGGACAGCUCUGCUCAUGCUCUGACUUGUCUCCCUGGGGUCUGGAACACGGGCUGCAGCACAUGGGCUGUAAAUGAGCACAGUUUGGUUGUGGGAGUCUCUGCACAGGGAUACAAUGAAUGCACAGCUGGUCUGAGUGCUCAUUUGGACUUCCAGCCUGUCAGGUGCUGCUCUUGCUCUGGAGUACCUGAUACCUGGAAAUCCCAAAGAAAGGAACAAGUUCUCUUCUUUCUACUUGAAAGUGUCUAGCUUUAAAAAAAUUAUGUCUGGAAAAAUCUGAUGUGGUAGCCUUAAUCUAUAAAGGAAGAGAUAUAUGGGAAUUAAGCACCUCUUUUGAACUCUUGCCUUAGAGAUUUUCCCCAUUUAACUCCAUCCCAUGCCUCUGAUGGAGGGAAAAGAGGACAGGAUUACUGUAUGCUAAAUGGGGCUUCCUUGAGGGGAGUCACAGACAAGUGCUGCUUUACAGCUGGAGUAAUUUAAGAAGUUUUUUUUAGUUCCCCACUGAGAAGAUACCUGGCCAUUUAUUCCUGAUCCAUUUGACAGAAAAUCAGAUGAGCUAAAGCCUAAUGGACUGGAAAUGUUCAAAAGUCUGGGUACAACAGGCACCAGUUAAACUGCUUGAGCUGCAACACAGGUACUGUCUGAUGGUGCUCUGUGUAGAGUAAAUCUAGAUGGAAACUUUUGAAGUUACAGUGAAAACUGGGAAAUAGCUUAAAGAAAAUUAAAGUUUGCCUACUUCUUUGGUUGCAUAGCCAUAGCUCAAGAGAUUUAUAUUUUUUUUUCACUGAGCAGCUUGAAACUAACUGCUUUGUAAUCUUCUAAGAAGAAUUUAGAGUCUUUGUAGGGAAAUACUUUGAGCCAAACAAUCUGUAUUUGUUCAGAAAUGUCCACAACAAAUCAGUCAAUUCUGCAGUAGCACUUUGUUACAAGAAGAAAUAACCUUUUUCCUGCCCUUUGUACAGGUAGUCUGUAGCAUGUCCUUUUACAUAGAGAUUUUAUACUUCUGAUUAAAACUUUAGUAAUCAAUAUUUAUAUUGUUAAA